CUGGGCCUAUGUCUUGAGCUCUUCCUGUCCAAGGGUUCCCAGCAUAGUCACUGAUCAACCUUCGAUGGCAGGAAAGGCUCCAAAUGAGACAGACACCAGUACCUUUGAGGUGCCCUCUCGCUCCAGCUCACCAACCCCACACCACAGACCAGGUCAUAGAAGAGCCCACCGCCAUCACAAGUCCCAUCACCGUGGUGUGGCCCAUCAUCAUGGUGAAUCUCACCACCAUGGCGAGUUCCAAGGCUCCCCUGACAAUGCCUUCUCCCGCCACUCCCCCGACCCCUCCACAUCCUUUGACCCGACUGCGUCUCAUAGCACCGUCCCCUCCCACCACACCUAUGAUAAGGUACCCCUUCAUGAGGAGCACCACCACGGCAGCAGGAGACAUCAUGGUAGGCCCCACCACUUUAGUGACUCCUACCACCAGAAGGGGCUCCACCACCCCGGUGAGUUUCGCCAUCAUGGCGGGUUCCAUCACGAAGGCGAGCCUUCCCACUCUAAAGAGUACUACCAAGACAGUGAGUACUCUGAGCGAAGUGGGCCCCAUCACUCUGAUGCUUACGACCACAGCAAGCACCAUCAUCAUCCAUCCCACCACCACAGAAGGUCUCUUCAUCCUGGAGAGAGCUCUUCCCACUAUGGCCUAUCUCACUACCCCAGUGAGCGCCACCACGGCCGCCACAGUGAGCACCACCACGGCCACCAUCGCCAUCGUGGUGAGCACCACCACAGAGAGCACCACCAUGGGGACUACCCUCGUGUCACCUCCAGAGACUUACACACAGCCCACAGCAUGGCCAGAGCCAGCUCAGUCUUUCAACCCAGCCUGGCACACAAGCAGAGCAUGGCCAUUAGCUUGAUGCGUUCCCACAGUACCGUUCACUCACAUGCCUCCAAGAGCUCCAGCAAAGUCCAUCCUCUGGAAUACUUCUCUAAAACCUCAGAAAGCUGGCCUGAAGAUGAGCAAGAUCCCAACAAAACCAGCAAAACCUCGCGGAUACACAAGAAGGCACACGGUGGGAACUUCUGCAGUAAGUUGUGCGGAAAUUGUUGCCCCCUCUUUCACGGCCUCCGGAAGAUGCUCAGUGUCCUGACGCAGUCCCUGAUCUUUGACGCCUUCAUCUUCAUCGUUGUCUGCCUCAACAUCAUCAUGCUUGUGGCCCAGACCUUCGCUAACGUUGAGAUCCGGGGCGAGUGGUACUUCAUGGUCUUCGACUGCAUCUUCCUCUCCAUCUACGUGGUGGAAGCUUUGCUCAAGAUCAUUACUAUGGGCCUCGACUAUUUUUAUGAUUCCUGGAACAUUCUGGACUUCUUCAUCAUGGCCAUGGCUGCGCUGGAGUUCACGCUCGUGCAGUUCAACUCCCGCUCCUUGAAGCGCACCGUCUACAACCCAAACUUCUUCCGGAUCUUCAAGGUCUUCAAGAGCCUGCGGGCCCUGAGGGCCGUUCGGGUCCUGCGGAGGCUCAGCUUCCUGACCAGCCUCCAGGAAGUGACCGGGACCCUGGUACGGUCCAUGCCAUCCAUCACGGCCAUCCUCGUCCUCAUGUUUACCUGCCUCUUCCUCUUCUCGGUCGUGCUCCGGGGACUGUUCCGCCAAUCUGACCCCAAUCGUUUCCAGAACAUCUUCACCACCAUCUUCACCCUCUUCACCUUGCUGACUCUGGACGACUGGUCCCAAAUCUACGUGGACAGCCGGGCCAACGGCGCCUGGUACAUCAUCCCCAUUCUCAUGAUUUACAUCGUCAUCCAGUACUUCAUCUUCCUCAACCUGGUGAUUGCUGUCCUGGUGGAUAACUUCCAGAUGGCCCUGCUCCGGGGCCUGGAGAAAGUGAAGCUGGAGAGGGCCGCCCAGAUCCAGGAGAAGCUGCUGGCCGAAUCGCUGACGAUGCUCAGCGAGGAAGAGCCUAGAGAGGUGAUGAGUGAACACACUAAACAGAAGCUCCUCAUCGAGAAGAAAUUUGGGACCAUGACUACGAAGCAACAGGAGCUCCUGUUCCAUUUCCUGCAACUCUCCACGGGGGUGGAGCAUUACCAGCAGAAGUUCCGUUCCCAGGCAUCCGUCAUUGAUGAGAUCGUGGACACUGCGUUUGAGGCUGGCGAAGAGGACUUCAGGAAGUGAUCCCGGGACAGGGACAGUGGACACAGACUUCAGCCUCCGGCGAGCUGCCCCCUGGGGUGGGCUGGGACAAGUCCCAGACCUGCUGGAAUGAUUGUCGAGGCCUGAGAGCUGGACCCCAACAGAGUUUUAAAACCCCA